UUAGUGGAGGAAGAUGGGCGCGGGCGCCUAUUUCUUUAACGUGGAAGAUGAACGUCCCUAGUAUCCUCUUGGCGGGAGGGAGGUGGAGAUGUUUUCCAGUUCCAUUAGGGUCCUCCUUAUUCCAGGACCUACAUAAUUCCUGCUGUCGGAAAAAAUCCACUGCACCAAAGAAAAUUAUUCCCCAUGUUGAUUUUUCUGAUGAAAACGCAAAGGAGUCUGGAAAGGCACUUGACAAGCUCUUCUCUUCAGAACAGCAGGCUUCCAUCUUGCAUGUGUUGAAUACAGCGUCUAAUAAAGAACUUGAAGCUUUCACAUUACUUCGUGGAAAAAAGUCCCUCAGUAUUGUAGAGCACAGAGAAAAGUUUGGGCCAUUUCAGAAUUUGGAGAGUUUAAUGAAUGUGCCCUUGUUCCAGUAUAAAACCACCAUUCAAGUUUGUAACUCCAUUCUUAAUCCAGAGACUGGAGGGAAAAAAAGGAAGUUACAGGAAAAUCGGCUCUUGAGGAAGCUCAUCAAACCAGAAAUAGGAAGAGAGAGACUUAAGGCAAUUAAUAGUAUUGUAUCCAUUGUUUCUGGUACUCGAAGAAUUGCCUGGGCUCACCUUGAUCGUAAAUUGGCAGUGCUGGACUGGCAGCAAACUGAAUACUGCCGAUUGAUGAAAGGAACAUACCUAUCAUCUGUCUAUUUAGAAGAGGUUUCUUCAGUUAUUUCAAAGAUGCCUAAAGCCGACUUCUAUGUCCUGGAGAAAACAGGACCUUCAUUUCAGAACUCAUCUCUGUUUCCUAUACUAUUACAUUUUCAUAUCAUGGAAGCCAUGCUGUAUGCCUUGCUGAAUACAACUUUUACCCAGGAUGGCCAUCAUCAGGUGCUGAGCAUGAACCGAAAUGCAGUGGGGAAGCACUUUGAACUGAUGAUUGGUGACACGCGGACUAGUGGAAAAGAGGUAGUGAAGCAGCUCCUCUCAGAGUCUGUACUGAAAGAAGAGCCUCGGGUAUUCUUCCCACCAGAUAAGAUAGUCCGCUACAGACAGAUGUUUUCAUCUACUGAACAAUACAGGGUAGAAGAGUUAUAUGAUUCAUUAUUACAAGCUAUUGCCUUCUAUGAAUUGGCAGUUUUUAAUACUGAAUCUUAAAAUUCUGAGGUUAGUAUGUUACAUGUUCUUAAUAUCAUAUUAAUUUAUAUUUAUUAGGUCUGAAGUUUUAAAACCAACUGUUUCGAACAUCCGUGUUAAUGGAGAAGAAAACAUAAGUUUGACUGUAUUUAGAUGUUUCAAGUCAGACUUUUGGCUACUGAAUGGUUUACACAAUAAUAAACCAAGGCUAAAUCAAUAAAUGAGAUUCUGUGCCUUUUGGGUUUAAGCAUUAAAAAAUAAGAUGUUCCCUAAACAUCCAAAACAAGAAACAAAGUUAUCUUCCUUGAAAGGCAAAUGCCAUCUAUACUAAAGGAUUUGCAUUAUUAUCAUACUGUUAAAAUAGGGAAUAAUGAAUUUUCUGGAUGGUGCUCAUCAUGGGAAUAAAGCUAAAUAUAACUGACAACACAGCUUGUAGAAUCCUCUUCUUACUCUGAAAGUACAAUGUGGUUUGAUGCACUGCCUCCAGAAGGGAGUUUUCAUCAGCUCAAUCUAUUAAGCCCCAAACAAACAAGCUUUGUUUAAUAGGCUUUUUUUUUGGCUGCACCACGCAGCAUGGAGGAUCUUAGUUCCCCAACCAGGGAUCGAACCUGUACUCGCUACAGUGGAAGUGUGGAGUCUUAACCACUGAACUGCCAGGGAAGCCCAAUAGGCUCAUUUUUAAACUUUGAAAAUUUUUUUUUUUUUUUGGCUGCACUGGGUAUUUGUUACUGCACGUGGGCUUUUCUCUAGUUGCGGCGAGCAGGGGCUACUCUUCGUUGUGGUGCGCGGGCUUCUCAUUGUGGUGGCUUCUCUUGUUGCGGAGCACGGGCUCUAGGUGUGCAGCCUUCAGUAGUUGUGGCACACGGGCUCUAGAGCGCAGGCUCUGGAGCUGUGGCACACGGGCUUAGCUGCUCCGCGGCGUGUGGGAUCUUCCCGGACCAGGGCUCGAACCCGUGUCCCCUGCAUUGGCAGGCGGAUUCUUAACCACUGCGCCACCAGGGAAGCCCUAAGCUUUGAAAUAUUUUACUUAACAGACCACCUUUUGAGAAAAGUAGCACUUUUUUCCCCACAUCUCUCCAUUUCCAUUAGAUUUGCCUUAGUUCAGGCCCUCAUUAUAUCUCACCUAUACUGAACCCAAGUCUCUCUGAUGUCAAAGCAUUAAGUCUUUUCUUUCCUUUAAUCUAAAAGUGAAGUAUACUUGUUGGGAAAAAAAAUUCAAAUAAUCAGAAAUCUAUAAAAUACAUGGAAGUCCUCCCUUCCAGCACCUCCAACUCCCUAGGCAGUUUGAUGUACACUCUAGACUUGUGGCCGUGCACAAGUAAAUCUCUACAUAUGUGACUGUGUAUGUGAGCGUCUCCACCUUGGAACUGUUGUAGAUACCUCCGAGUACACAUCUGAACUCAUUCUCUUUCCCCCAGGCCACCUCAGUUGCCUUUGUUUUACACUUUAGUGAACAGCUUCACCAACCGUUCAAAUUGUUCAUGCCAGAUGUGUGGCAUUCUACUUCUCAACAUUUCUAGAAAUAGCUGUAGUGAAAUGUGUCCAAAUUAGACAUUUAUAGGAUAAG